AUCUGGGCCUGUUGACGCAGAAGGAGAGAUCUGUCGUGACGACGGAAUCAUGGUUGGGGGUAAUCUCAUGAUAACAAUGGAUGAGUUAACUAGAGCAAGGGGUCAUUGAUUUUUGUCUUGCUUUGUGUUGGUGAGAAACACACAGCUGUGCAGGUCACUCUGUGUAGAGAAGAAGUUAAUAAUUCCCAACAGCGAUGCCUAGCACUCGUACUCGGAGCAGAUCGUGUGAGCUGCUCACCGCCAAGCUAGCCGAGUCGGGACUCAUAAGAAAGUGCUCCGGACCGAGUUUUGCAAGACGCACCAAGCACAAGUCCAAGAGACCUGCAGUGGACAGGAAAAUCAAGGAGGAGUACGAGGAUGAAGACGAACUUACAGUCGAGACCUCACCAGCGCGGGAAAUCAAACACCGUGGCCUGACUGGCAAUGGUCUCACCUUAAAAACCAAGAAAGAACAGCUAACCGAGACUCUGAAUUGGCUCGACGAAAACUAUGUUAUGUGCGAAGGAGUGUGCCUUCCUCGGUGUAUCCUGUACGCGCAUUAUCUCGACUUCUGCCGGCGACACAAGAUUGAGGCCGCGUGCGCUGCAACGUUUGGAAAGACUAUACGGCAGAAGUUUCCACAACUAACAACACGGAGGCUUGGGACCCGAGGACAUUCAAAGUAUCAUUAUUAUGGUAUUGGUAUCAAGGAAUCGUCCGCGUAUUACCAUUCCGUGUACUCGGGAAAAGGUCUUACAAGAUUUUCAGGCUCUAAAGCCAAGAAUGAGGGUAAUUUUGCUGCGAGGAAAUACUCACUUAGCUCCAAAACAGGCACUCUUCUACCCGACUUUCCGAACCCACAACUGCUGGAGCUACCCCAAGGAAUAUCACAAGAUAAGGUCGAAACAUUUGUCAUUAUGUACAAGACGCACUGUCAAUGCAUUCUAGAUACAGCAAUAAAUGCGAAUUUCGACGAGAUUAAGAAUUUCCUCCUGCACUUCUGGCAGGGUUUACCGGAUCAUCUUCUCCCUCUCAUGGACACGGAAGUGGUGUCGGAUGUGGUGUGCGUGUGCGAUUCUAUUCUCUACAAGGUAUUGAUGGACGUCCUCUUGCCUUCCUCCAUGCAAGAUGUUCCUGAAGGGUUACUGGCUGAUAUCAGGUCGUUUGCGCGCCAUCUGGAGGUGUGGGUUGCAUCUGCAACCGAAGAGCUCCCCGAGUACGUCAAACUCGCCAAACUUCAAAUCGUGAGACGAUUCGCCCAAUCAAUUCGCCGCCAAACGUCAUUUCUCCACCUCGCCCAGACCGCCCGUCCCGUCCUGAACAGCGCAGAGUUGCUUGAGCAGAUGAUCUGUGACCUGGAUAAAGUGGACAAUAGCUCAGCUGGGUCCCAGACCCUCUACGACAAAACGGAAAAUGAGACGGAUGAGGGACUGGACAGAGAAUUCAUGGAGGAGUUCAGGGAAUUGCUCGCGAACCAGUCGUGCGUCGAGAGUUACGUCGAGUGGCUUGACAAGACUGUGGAACAGAAAGUCAUUCAGUCGUGUGUUGAGAGCGGACUGGAGUUCAAAAAUCGAGCUCAGGAAUUUCUGUUACGCUGGUCAUUCCUCGGUGCUCGGCUUAUGCACAGCCUUACGCUAAACGCUUCCUCCUGUUUCGGUUCGUUUCAUCUACUGCGCAUGCUCUUGGAUGAGUACAUUCUUCUUGUAAUUGAGACGAGGUUCUACAACGAGAUGGAGGAAAAACUGCAGGAGUUAUUAGACCGGCAUCUGAGAAUGGGGGAAGGUAUUGACAAAGACAACUCACCCCUUCGCGUUCAAACAGUAGUUACAAAGACCAAAUUCACAGUCCCAGAUGAGGAGACCCUUGUAUCAAGAAAAAGAGACUCCAUGGACGAACCUCCAUCAAGAACAACCAAUAGGAAUAAGCGUCUCAAGUCACGUGAUGAUAGUUACACAAAGUCAAAGCCCAAGAAGCUGCAGAGCCCGCGAUCAACACAACAUAAGGACUGCGGAGUCCAUUUCAGCGGUCUUCCACCAACUCCUAUGGAGCCAAACGGUUUUCCCAUUCCCUCUCUAAAGUAUUUUAACUCGCCUCAGAACGGAAUCUGUCCCACGGCGCUUACGCCGCCUGUGUCUCCGGAGAUGACCAGCGGUCAGUAUCCUAGCAACGGUCACGCGCUUGUGACGUAUACUGCGUUCUCGGCGGAUAAAGGAUCGUGCGAGUAUAGCGAUCGUGACGUGCCUGAUCCAUCGUCGGACAUGAUUGACAAACUUGUGUCACAACACUUCAACAACUCCGGCCUUGGGGGCUUUGUAAAUACGAGAUAUUACCCCGGAACUCGGCACGAGUCGCAACACUACAUGCCUCCCCGCCAGCCGUACGUGACUACUCACAACCACCAUUCUCAUGACCACAACAACAACCUUACCACAGCCUUCCCAUUCGGCGGCCAACGGAUGAUGACGCCCGCACAUGCGUACUACCCGCAGCACACGACUGCGCAUGUACCUAUGAUGACGUCAUGUCAGGGGGUGUAUGUGGAGGCUGGUCAUGUGACCAUGGAGGGGGAAGAUGGUGAGGGAAUGAGUCAUGAACAGGAGGAGUAUAUUGACAUCGCGGUCAACAAGCUCUUCAAUGGAGAGUGCGAGCUAGAGAAGGUUGACUGUGUGGACGGAGAUAGCGAAGCAUUGCCCGCCAUAAACUCGCUACUGCUCACCGAGUCUUCCGUGUGAUUCCUGUGGUGUUAGGCUGGGCCAUGUUAUCAUGGGAUCCCUGUUGUGUUAGGCUGAGCCAUGCUACCAUGGGAUCCCUGUGGUGUUAGGCUGGGCCAUGCUAUCAUCGGAUCCCUGUUGUGUUAGGCUGAGCCAUGCUACCAUGGGAUCCCUGUGGUGUUAGGCUGGGCCAUGCUAUCAUCGGAUCCCUGUUGUGUUAGGCUGAGCCAUGCUACCAUGGGAUCCCUGUUGUGUUAUGCUGAGCCAUGCUACCAUGGGAUCCCUGUUGUGUUAGGCUGAGCCAUGCUACCAUGGGAUCCCUGUUGUGUUUUGCUUGGCCAUGCUAUCAUGGGAUCCCUGUGGUGUAAGGCUUGGCCAUGCUAUCAUGGGAUCCCUGUGUUGUUAGGCUGGGCCAUGUUAUCAUGGGAUCCCUGUGGUAUUUGCUGAACCAUGCUACCAUGGGAUCCCUCUUGUGUUUUGCUUGGCCAUGCUAUCAUGGGAUCCCUGUGGUGUUAGGCUGAGCCAUGCUACCAUGGGAUCCCUAUGGUGUUAGGGUUGGCCAUGCUAUCAUGGGAUCCUUGUAGUGUUACUCUGAGCCAUGCUAUCAUGGGAUCCUUGUAGCGCUAGGCUGAGCCAUGCUAUCAUGGGAUCCCUAUGGUGUUAGGGUUGGCCAUGCUAUCAUGGGAUCCCUGUAGUGUUAGGCUGAGCCAUGCUACCAUGGGAUCCCUGUGGUGUUAGGCUGAGCCAUGCUAUCAUGAGAUCAGUGUGGUGUUAGGUUCGGCCAUGCUAUCAUGGGAUCCCUGGGGAGCUAGAAAAGUUCAAAUUAUUAUGGAAUCCCUGAUACUAGAGUAAAUAUGGGAACCCUGUGGUACUGUGUUAUGUCAUGGAAUAUUAAUUACCAAGUGAUAAGUAUGAUAAGGUAUCGUGGGUGCCCUGUGGUACGAAAGUGGGUUAUAUGAUGUAAUCUCCGCGUCCAUUUUUUAUAGCUCCCCAUUCCUGAUUUCUUUAGAUUUCAAGAGACCGUUCUUUAACAACUGCCAAGGGAAUCAAAUAGACAAAAAAGACAAAAAUACUCAUUCUAAAUUACUAAAUUGCCUUUUGACAAUAAUGAUUUUUUUUUGCUUUAAUAUGCCUAAGUCGUUCGCUUACAUUUUAUUGUAUUAAACUUGGAUUCACAUUGAAUUAAUUGCGUAAUUCUGCGAGCUGAUCAGUGAAGGCGUAAAUUGGUCAUUUGGACACUCAUUUGGAUUGAGUGUACCACCAUUGUACAUUAUAUUUUUGUAUUUUAACUCAGAGGCUAUAUUAUGAAUGAUAUUUUCAUAUAUUUACUUUUAUAUGAAAAGUGAUUAUCGUAAUUAGACGGAAAAUAAAUGACUCCAGUGGAUCACAAGAUAAAUUAGAAUAGUUAUCUAGAUGUAUAGUAAUUUUUAAUUUGAAAUUUAUAUUAAAAUCAAAAUUACUUGAA